UGCACUUUAUAGUCACACUUGUGCAGGUCUAUGGAAUAAUUUGUGAAAUUACAUUGCAUAGGACAUCCUUGACCGGACAGUUUUUGAAACGCAGGUAAAUUUAUCACCGCUGUAUCAUUGUAUUAUCAGAUUUUUAACUGGACUGUUGACUGAAGAAGAUUUUACCCGCACUUUGUUUAAAAUACUGAAUUUGAACCACACAAACAAUCGCUUAUAAAAGGCUACCCAAAAGAAGGCUAUCGAUUUAAAGUAAACAGAGCGUAAUCGGGUAGUAUCCUCAACUGGCCCAAACCACCCAUAAAAUGACAUCCGUGGAUCUGACCGUUCGGUCCAGUCCUGGUCCUAACCCAGGUCCUCACAGCGUGACACAGUGGCAACUGAGCGGGACAGACUACCAACCCCAGUCGGCCCUGAUGCAUCGCAGCUCGUUCACAGGGACAGCCGACACCCGCUUCAGUGCCUGGACUCCCAUCACAAACAAGACCACCAACCACCAGUUGUUUGAGGAGCGGACCACCCUGGUGCUUCACUGGUUUGACCUUUGGACUGACCGCCAGAGAAAACUCUUCCUGCAGGCGCUGCUGUCACAAUGCACCAGGUCCCAGCUCAA